CGGUGGCGGCAGCGGCAGCGGCGCGGGGCCCCGCCAUGGCCCACUUCGAGACGCAGUACCAGCGCCUGGAGAGCUCCUCCACCGAGUCUCCACCCGGUGGCGGCGACCUGCUCGUCCACGUCCCCGAGGGCGCCAAGUCUCCGUGGCAUCACAUCGAGAACCUCGACCUUUUCUUCUCUCGCGUCUAUAACCUGCAUCAGAAGAAUGGCUUCACUUGCAUGCUCAUUGGAGAGAUCUUUGAGCUCAUGCAGUUCAUCUUUGUGGUGGCAUUCACCACCUUUCUUAUCAGCUGUGUUGAUUAUGACAUCCUCUUUGCCAACAAAGCAUUAAAUCACAGCCAGCAUCCCAGUGAGCCCAUUAAGGUGACUCUGCCAGACGCCUUCCUGCCUCCAAAUGUCUGCAGUGCAAGAAUCCAGGCAAACAGCUUCCUCAUCUGCAUCCUGGUGAUAGCUGGGGUUUUCUGGAUCCACCGACUUGUCAAAUUUAUCUACAACAUUUGCUGCUACUGGGAGAUUCACUCUUUCUACAUCAAUGCCCUGAAGAUCCCCAUGUCUACCCUGCCCUACUACACCUGGCAGGAGGUGCAGGCCCGCAUUGUGCAGAUCCAGAAGGAGCACCAGAUCUGCAUCCACAAGAAGGAGCUGACAGAGCUGGACAUCUAUCACCGCAUCCUCCGCUUCAAGAACUAUAUGGUGGCCAUGGUGAACAAGUCACUGCUGCCCAUCCGCUUCCGCCUGCCCCUGCUGGGAGACACCGUCUUCUACACGCGUGGGCUCAAGUACAACUUUGAGCUCAUCUUCUUCUGGGGUCCUGGCUCCCUCUUUGAGAACGAGUGGAGCCUGAAGGCUGAAUACAAGCGGGCCGGGAACCGCCUGGAGCUGGCCGAGAAGCUCAGCACUCGCAUCCUCUGGAUUGGCAUUGCUAACUUCCUCCUCUGCCCCCUCAUCCUCAUCUGGCAGAUCCUCUAUGCUUUCUUCAGCUACACGGAGAUCCUGAAGCGGGAGCCGGGCAGCCUGGGUGCCCGCUGCUGGUCUCUCUACGGCCGCUGUUACCUCCGUCACUUCAACGAGCUGGAUCACGAACUGCACUCGCGCCUCAGCAAGGGGUACAAGCCAGCUUCCAAGUACAUGAACUGCUUCAUCUCCCCGCUUCUCACCAUCGUGGCCAAGAACGUGGCUUUCUUUGCUGGCUCCAUCCUGGCUGUGCUCAUCGCUCUCACCAUCUAUGAUGAGGACGUGCUUGCGGUCGAGCACGUCCUGACCACGGUCACCCUGCUCGGGGUGGGCAUCACGGUGUGCAGGUCUUUCAUCCCUGACCAGCACCUGGUGUUCUGCCCAGAGCAGCUGCUACGAGUCAUCCUGGCACACAUCCACUACAUGCCCGACCACUGGCAGGGCAACGCCCACCGCUAUGAGACCAGGGAUGAGUUUGCCCAGCUCUUCCAGUACAAAGCGGUCUUCAUCCUGGAAGAGCUCCUGAGUCCCAUCAUUACCCCCUUGAUCCUCAUCAUCUGCCUGCGGCCCAAGUCCUUGGACAUUGUUGACUUCUUCCGUAACUUCACUGUGGAGGUGGUGGGUGUGGGUGACACCUGCUCCUUUGCCCAGAUGGACGUGCGCCAGCACGGCCACCCUGCGUGGAUGUCAGCAGGAAAGACGGAGGCCUCCAUUUACCAGCAGGCUGAGGAUGGCAAGACGGAGCUAUCCCUCAUGCACUUUGCCAUCACCAACCCCAAGUGGCAGCCACCCCGUGAGAGCACAGCCUUCAUCGGCUUCCUGAAGGAGCGGGUGCACCGGGACAGCAGUGUGGCCCUGGCUCAGCAGGCUGUGCUCCCUGAAAACGCCCUCUUCAGCUCCAUCCAGUCCCUGCAGUCGGAGUCAGAGCCUCACAGCCUGAUUGCCAAUGUGAUAGCAGGCUCUUCAGCACUGGGCUUCCACAUGAGCCGGGACGGACAGGCUUCCCGGCAUCUCUCAGAAGUGGCCUCUGCUCUGCGUUCCUUCUCCCCACUCCAGUCUGCCCAGCAGCCUUCCAGUGGCUUUCAGACAUCAGGAAGGGAUGGAGAAGGAGCCCAGCCUCGUGGUGCCACUGCCAUGACAGCCUCUGGUGCUGAUGCAAGGACCGUGAGUUCGGGGAGCAGCGCCUGGGAGGGUCAACUGCAGAGCAUGAUCCUGUCAGAGUAUGCCUCGACUGAGAUGAGUCUUCAUGCACUCUACAUGCACGAGUUGCACAAGCAGCAUGCCCAGCUGGAGCCCGAGCGGCACACUUGGCACCGGCGAGAGAGUGACGAGAGUGGGGAGAGUGCCCAUGAGGAGCUGGAUGCUCAGCGGGGUGGCCCUGUCCCCAUUCCCCGCUCUGCCAGCUACCCCUUCUCCUCACCACGGCAGCCUGCCGAGGAGACAGCCACGCUGCAGACUGGUUUCCAGCGGCGAUACGGUGGCAUCACAGACCCAGGCACAGUGCACAGAGCCCCAUCACAUUUCUCACGCCUUCCUCUGGGAGGCUGGGCCGAGGACGGGCAGUCGGCGAGGCACCCAGAGCCCGUGCCAGAGGAGAGCUCGGAGGAUGAGCUUCCGCCACAGAUCCACAAGGUAUAGCCUGGUAGACUGGGGAUCUCAUGGGGCUUGUAGAUUGGGAGCCACCUGGACAGCAGGAUGUGGCAUCGGCUUGAUUCUUCUCCUGUCCUGAGUGGACAUUUUGUUGCCAUCAAUUGCCGAAGAGACAAAACUGCCAGGCCAGCGUCUUUGCUGUGGCACAUUGUGUCCAGCCAUGUGUCAAGUCAAUGCCACUCUGACUUGUGGGGUGAAUGCGUGUGUGAGUACAUACCUGUGUCUGUGUUCACAUCUGUGUCGUCCGUGUCAGAGGAUCUCUGCAGAGCCUGUGGAAGCUGACAUGACAGGACUAGCAGUGAGGAGCUGCUGGUGGACUGGUUUGGAGGUGGCAGCAGCAGCUGUUCUUCAGAGGGAUGUGAGAUGGCAUCAGCUCCAUCCAAAUGUGCACCUGAAGCUGGGAUCUGCCACCAAAAUGAGGGCAGGAGUUGUUCAGGGUGGUCUAGCUCAGCCUGUAGCACCACACUGCCCUGCCUGCAACCCUGAGAACGUGCCUAGGACCAUGUUAGUCCUCCCAGAGAGGAUCAGUGUCAUGCCUCUCAGCCCAGAGCAGGACAACAGUGGGGCAGUCACCCGCCCCUCUGUCCUAGCACCCUGAGGAGGGAUGGGCCCUGGUGGCAACUGCUGGUGUGAGUACAGGUGGGAUAUAGAGCUCUUGGGAACAGCUCUGGUUUGAUCCAGGGAUGCUGCAGCUCUUCCCUGCCUCAUGACAGCUGGCUUAUUCUCUGCAUGCAAGAAAGAAUCAUUGGAGUGAUGCCUCUGUGCUGGGACACCAGCAUCCUCCCCAUGUAUGGCACCCAUGGAAUGUGGGCUACUAGUGGGCCCUCCUGCAGUGCUAAAGGGACCUCAGAGUGGAGCAGCCCAGCAUCUUACAGGAGUGCUCACAGCCCCCUCAGAGCUCAACCUGAAAUGCAGCUGUUCCUGUGGAACUGUUUCCUCUUCCCCAGCAAAGGCUUUGGUUCAUCUCGAAUCUUGCCCAGAGGUUCCCAGCUCCUCCUUUCCUCCUGAAACCCUCCUUUCACUUACAACAUGGUUUCAGCUGCUCUGGAGACCAUAUACCAUGCAGCUGUCUCGUGCCUGGCAGAGCAAGGAGGGUCAUCCUAAACCCAGAAGGGAGAGGGACACCUCAGCCCAGGAUUGGGAUGGUGGUGUGGAAUCAGGAUCCCAGCUGUGCAAUAUGGCCUCACACAAGACCUUCCCACCAUCCUUCUGUUUUCCCUCUUUUCUCUUUGCAGCAUCUGGGGAAUUGCAUCCCAGCUAACUCCUACCCACGACUUACUUUCCAUUCCCCUUGCCUCUGGCAGGGGCUGCUUGCUUUUCCCAUGCCUUCUGCGAGCACUGCACAUCCUCUGCUCUCUCUGGAGUCCAGGGCUAUCCCUCUUCUGCCAAGGUUAUUGCCCUCUGCCCUUUGAGCCUGCUGCCAGCACUUCUGCAUGCAGGUAGCCUGGGCAUGAGCAGGGCCAGGAGGCUUGCACAGGGGCAGGCUCUUUGGGUAGCAGGCUCCUUGUUGCCACAGGGAGGGCUGGGCAGGGCUGGAGCUACGACUGCUCUGGGGUCUGUAUGAGAUCAAACAGGAGAGCUCAGGGUGGGGAUCAGCUCUUUGGUGCUGGGGUCAGGAUUCUGUGGACCUGGGUGCUGCGGGGGUCCUUCCAUGGAGAAGUGGCUGCAACCUCUCCACAGCAGCUUCAGCUUGGGGCUGUCAUGGCUUGGUGAAAGAAAGCAGAAAGCAAAUCUCCUUGAAAUCCAGAUAUUCCGAUGGCUUCUCUUGGUGCCCAGGCUGCUGCCUCCCCUCUCUGGGCCUAUGGGACACUGCAUCUGGACUUCGUAAUGGAGUUGCUGCUGGUCUGUACAGCUGAACGACUGGAGACUGCCCUGGGGCGAGGGGAAACUCGGGAUCUUUCCCUGGGCUGGCAGGAGGGAGAGGCCAGGCAUAGCAGGCCCAAGUCUUUGCCGCAUGUUUUGCUUGUGUCGUCAGUGUCCCAUGUGCAUGGCGAGCCACUUUCUCAUCUCCUCCUGAGAUGUGCGGGCACGGGGGUCCCUGGGGAGUGCGGUAUCAUACCCCCUUCCCCCCGCUGUACAGCUGUAUAGCCGUCUAAUAAAGAUGGGGUGUAUCAUC